AUGUCGUUAUUUCUGCCGGAGGUUUAUCGAGAGAACCAAUGCAAUUUUUUGGACAGUGUGAUUCCAGAGUUGAAAGAAAAUUCGGUCAAUUUGAAUACAUAUGACGUGAUUGAUGAUUUGAUCUCAUUUCUUGAGUUACCUCUGGACCCAAUAUUGAUUCCAUCUGAAGAUAUUUUUCACUUGUUGUUGACCAUAUCUUCGAGAAGUGCAAGUUGCAAUUGGUCUGCGGAUCUGUCAAAACCAAAGCAUGGCUUAGUGGAAACUCAAGAACAAAAGUUGGCGUCGAGACAAAGUGAACAACUAUUACAUAAUUCGACUUUGAGUGAUAGGUGCAUCCACAUAUUAAAAAAAUACAAACAUCUAGUAUACGCAGGGAAUGAGGACGCUUACAAUGUACUACAACCAACGAUCAACCAUUUGGUGACAAAGGAGUCAAGUCGGCAACGAUCAUCAAGUGUUAGAACAGUUUUCAAAGCGGUUGAGCAACCGCUAACACCAACCAAGAGAGGAAAAAGAAGUGUCAAGAGAAGGCGACACGAUGAAAGCAUUGUUGAAGAGAGUAGCGACAUGGUUGUCAUUACCGAUUCCGAGGAGGAGGAGGAGGAAGAGGAGGACGGAGAGGGGAAUGAGAGUAAGGAUCCUGAAUACAAUCCGCUGCAAGUGGACAGUUUUGGAAGCAAUUCCUAUACUGAUUCAUGCAAAAACUCAAGCCAAACUAAUGACAAACUCACUGAACCCUGGGCCGGGUUGCGAGUAUUUGACGAGCCUUUGCUCAAGGAUCAAUUUCGCUUGACGAAUGGUAGAUUUGGGGUUUGGGAUUUGGUUAACUGGACUUUUUAUUGCGCAGGUUUAUCUACCAAGUACUACUACAAGAAGGAAUCUAAUUGUCACACCAUUUAUAAAGCACAAUCAAGUACAUUACUAUUCAUUUUCGAUAUAAUUGAGUACAAUUUGGUCAACACUUUGCAAGAUAUAUUCAAGGAAAAAGAUCCUUAUGCGACUCUUUUUAAGACCCCGAGCGACAAGAAUAAAUUUGCUAGUCUACAGGUAGAAGAUAACUCCAACAUCUUAUUGCUGAGACUACUAAAAUCCUUGGGAUAUUUACAAAGCCAAUGGUAUGAUAGAGUAGUCGAGUUUGUAUUCAAUGGACUAGCUAGGUUACCUCCAUGUCCAAGAGCAUGCUAUCAACACGAGAGUAUACUAGUGAGGCGAGAGUUGAAGAAAAAUUCAAGAGAUGUGCCUAAAGAGGAGAAGGUUCACUGUGACACGGAUAAUAUGGAUUCAAUGUGCUUGAGAUUUAAGAUCUGUGCAAUUGUUUACUAUUGGAGCUUAGUCUUUGACAAGAGAGUGUUUUCAGGCAAGUCAUUUGGACGCAACUCAUUGGCGCAAUUGAAUGCAUUGGAAUUAAUUAAAUUUGUUUGUGAGAAAUUCAAACGAGUCGAUUAUCAAUACAUUGUGGAGUUUUAUUACUCACUGUAUACGGUAUCCGUGAUUCCAUUCAAGUACAAACAGUUAUUUUUGAUGGGAUUAAGUACCGAAUUGUUGAAAACUUUGACAUCGUCACCCGAGAGCAUCAAGUUUGAGCUGCACAACUUGGAUCUGGUAGUAUCUUGGAUUGACGAUCCAUCAAUUUACGCUCAACUUACAGAGGAUGAAUCGUGUAAUAGUUUUGAGGAGUUUUAUCAAUCUUGGAUGAAAUUGAGUUUUGUACUCGAAUGGAUAUUGACGCUGACAUUGGCAGAUUUGCAAGACGUUGGAAACAGCAUCUACAAAGACACAAUGUUUUACGACAAGCUUGAACAUGCAGACCGUUUAAGGGCAACAGCUUUCGUGGACUAUCUCCAUUCCGUCUCAGAAUCGAAGGAAACAUCCAACUUCAAGUUUGAAUUGAGUGACAACUCUGUUACAUUUGUCAAGGAAAACAGAAUGACUUGGGAGCCUUUCACAUCGAUAUUAUCCAACUAUACAUAA